UACUGUUUCCCAGUCGAUGAGCGUCAUAACUUGGUCUGUGCAAGAGUCACCAUGUUCCUGUUGGUUCUUGCUCUGACUGUUCCUGCCUUCGGGGUUCGUCCAGGAUUCCAAUCCACUGGCACUCUGGAGUGGAGGGACUGUGGCGUUGGUGACUCAUGGGUGUCCAUACAACAACUGAAUGCCAGCCCGAGUCCAAUCAAACUUCCCGGUGACUUCAUGGUCUCCUUGGAUGGAACCAUCACACACAAUCUUGCAGAUGAACUCACUUUGGAUGUACUCCUAGAGAAGGCGAUGCUUGGCCGCUAUACAAAGUGGCCUUGCGCUCACGAUGUUGGCACAUGCCACUACACUGAUCCCUGCCACUUCCUGAACCGCUACCUGAACCGGGCAUCUUGUCCUCCACAACUGACCGCCAACGGUAUCCCAUGUACCUGUCCCUUCAACCCUGACAGACUCCACAUGCCGCCCACUAGGUUCACCGUCUCCAGUAUCAGUGACACCUGGAAGUUUAUGGCCUCUGGUGAGUACCACGUGAAGAUUACCCUGAACGACAAACACACCAGACAGCUACGUGGAUGUGUCGAGGCCUAUCUGAGUAUCGACGUAUAGAGAAACCACGCAGAGCAGGACUGACUCAUGACAUGAUUUAUAAGAUAUUUAUCUCAGCAUAUAUGAAAUGCAGAUUCCCAAUACCCUACCCCAGAAAGAUACCUGAAUUAGUAGGCCUACGUCACC